AUGCAUAUAGUCAGCUUUAUUUUUUUUUUGUUUUCUUUUUUUGGGGCUUCUUCCAUUUGUUAUAAUAUAAAUGGUGUAUGUGACUUUUCUAGUGAUGAGUUAAAUUUGUUGGGAGAAGAAAAAUUAGAUUUUUCUUUAAAAAAGAAUGAAUAUAAAUUAUCUGAUGAAAACAAUGUAAGAAAUUGUGUUUAUUUUAGUAAAGGUUUUGAAUAUUUACGUUUUAUAUGUCCAAUGAGAAAAGAUAAUUAUGAAGGAAUUGAAAUUCGUCCUUUUGAAUGUUUUGAAUAUGUUCGUAUUGAUGGAAGAGAAGAGAAAUUAAAUGAGAUAUUAAAAGGUAGUUUAUUUGAAAAAAGUAUUAAUGAUAAUAUAAUAACAAGAGAUGUAUUUAUUCCACCUACUAUAUAUGAAGAUAUGUUUUUUGAAUGUACAUGUGAUAAUAGUUUAACUUUUAAAAAUAAUAUGAUUGGAAAAAGAGGUAUAAUGAAAAUACAUUUAAAAAAAAAUAUUUUAUAUGGAUGUGAUUUUGAUCAUAAUGAAAAAUUAAUAAAAAAUAAAACAGCAUUCACAAAUUUUUAUCAUAAAGAAAAAAUUUUAUCAUUAUCAAAUGAUGAAAAUAUUACAUGUAAUGUUACUAUUAAAAAAUCACAAGUAUAUUUAGGAAUUAUAUGUCCAGAUGGUUAUCGUUUAUAUCCAAAUGAUUGUUUUAAAAAUGUUAUAUAUCAUAAUAAUAUUAUUAUGCCAUUAAAAAAAAUUAUACCACAUGAUAUUUUAUAUCAUCACGACAAAAACAAAAAAAUCGCAUUUGCAGCAUUUACAUUAAAUAUAAAUGAAAACCCAAAAGGAUUCACAUGUCAUUGUAUUAAAAAGCAAACAAGUUUUAAUAAUCCUCUUAUUGUAAAUUUUAAAUUUGAAAAUAAAGAAACAUCAUUUGCAACAAAUAUUAAUCUGUUCUUUUAUUUUAUUUUUUUUAUUCCAUUUAUUCAUUUUAUUUUGUUUUUAUAA